CCAGCGAUUUUCAAUGUGAUCCUUGGAGAUGAAGAGCAGACUAUCACCGUUAAUGAAGAAGAAAAUAUCGAAAUAUACCGCACUUCACAUUCCGAUGAUGCCAUUAUUAUCAAAGAUUUCAACAGAAGAUUAGAGGUAAUCGCGCCUAAAGGUGGAGACAAAUGUUUCGUGAGACCAUUGCGUGCAAGUAAGAAUGUGGAACCAUCCAAAUUAAAAAGAAAUUUGGAAAAUGACACUGAACAGGGAGUUGAUCAACAGGUGGAACAGGAGAGUGAGGAACAUCUCUUACUAGACAAUGUACCAAUAAAAGACACUUCUUGUUUUGGUGAAACGAUCAAUGUAGAAUGUGAUGGUAGAGAGAUGUAUUGGAUGGAGCCUAUUCAACAUGGAGACGCUG